AUGGAAUUCCUGAACAUCUCAUGGAUUUCUAUGAUUAUAAUCGUUCUCCUCGUAGGUUAUCUACUAGGAAAACCUAGGAAAAUGUCCAAAAUGCCGCCUGGGCCAACGCCCUUACCCAUCAUUGGCAACCUUCAUUUAAUCUCCCGUCUUCCUCACCGAUCCUUUUGCUCUCUUGCCCAAAAAUAUGGCCCAAUUAUGACCCUCCACUUGGGUUCUCUCCCAACAGUCAUAAUAUCAUCUCCUCAAAUGGCUAAAGAAGUCCUCAAAACGCAGGACCAUAUAUUUGCGAGCCGACCUCCCAUGGGAGAUGACGACCAUUUCCUAAGCCCCCAGAAAGUUGCAAUCUCCCCAUAUGGCCCAUACUGGAAAUUCAUACGCAAAAUCCUCAUCUUGGAGCUUCUUUCCCCCAAGAGAUUGAAAUCAUUUGCCCCACUGAGAGCCCAAGAAGUUUCUAACAUGGUACGCUCCAUACUACACAAAGCCAGAGCCAUUGAUAACAGUGGGAGCAACUUCCCAGGUGUAGAUUUAUCCAGGGAGUUGGGUUUACUUACUAAUAAUGUCAUCUGCAGAAUGUCAUUUGGGAAGAUAUGUAAUGAUGAUGAACUGGGGGGAAGAGUAUUCAAGGAAGUUUUGAAUGAUGUAACUGCUCUAGCUGGUGGUUUUAAAUACAGCGAUUACAUUCCCCUCUUGGGUUGGUUUGAUUUGCAUGGGGAUAGACAAAGGCAAGCCGAACUUACUGAGAUUUUUCAUCUGUUUGUGGAGAGAAUUGUGGAUGAGCACUUUGAAAGAAGGAAGAAAUUCAAUGGCUUGGAGUGUGAGGACUUUGUGGAUUUGCUGCUUUCUUUGUCUGAAGAUGAAUCUAUGGAGAUCAAAAUCACCAGAGACCACAUCAAGAAAGUUAUGUUUGAAUUGUUAUCUGCAGCCACAGAGACAACAGCAAGUACACUAGAAUGGGCAUUGUCAGAAUUGCUUAGAAAUCCAUUGGUAAUGAAAAGGGCUCAACAAGAGCUUGAUUUUGUAAUUGGAUUGAACCGUAUGGUGGAAGAACCUGAUUUGCCUCAUCUUCAAUAUCUGCAAUCAAUAGUGAAGGAAACAUUACGCCUAUACCCACCUGCUCCUCUACUCCUUCCUCAUCAAUCCAUGGAACACUCUACAAUACAGGGAUAUCAAAUACCCAAGAAAACUCAAGCUUUUGUUAAUAUAUGGGCUAUUGCAAGAGAUCCACUUUCUUGGGAACAACCCAAUGAUUUCAAGCCAGAAAGAUUUUUAGAAAGCGACAUUGAUGUCAAAGGUCAAUAUUUUCAACUCAUACCAUUUGGUUCAGGCAGAAGAGGAUGUCCAGGGACUAAUUUGGCUCUAACCUUGACCCAACUUAGCCUUGCACAACUACUACACUGCUUUGAUUGGAGUCUUCCUCAAGGGGUAACUCCAAUGAACUUGGAUAUGUCAGAACAAUAUAGUAUUACCAUGCCAAGGGUUGUGCAUCUUCAUGCCAUUCCAACUCCACGCCUUCCACUAGACCUCUAUCUCCAUGCCCUCCAUUAG